ACGUUAAAGCAAUAUACUUAAUUUAUAAUUGUUGUGGAUAUAUGCGGGACCGAAACUGCAGCGGCUGUGCACCGUAUCUCGACAAUAAUAUAGUGAAACCACCGAUAGCGACGAUGAACAAACGUUGAACAAACGAUGCAUACGACACCCAGACACGUGCGCGUGAACCGGCUACGCGAACACUAUUGAAGGCCUGCGCGGCCUCCCGAACACGGGCUACGGGCAUUGUAGUCACCGCGGCAGUGGCCCCACCAAACGACCACCAUAUUGGGCUCGGUUACCCGCGCGCGCGCUGCAGCACCGGGUGGUUCCGCGCGCGUUUACGUCCGAACUCGCUGCCGCACACGCGCCAUCCGCCGAGUAUUGUUGUAACGCAUAUUACAACGUAACGACGUUCGACGAACAGAUAUUGUUAUUCGCGCACCUACGGCGGAUCCGGCACGGACUCUUGCGAAAUCGUCAAUUAUUGUCGUACCUCGACGGCCGCCACCGCGCCGCCCGCCCGACCGAGGAAUGCGUUUUCAUCGUUGUCGUCGGUGGCACUGCAAAGUUCGAACCAGCCAAUUCGCACUUUGAAUGAAAUACAAAACGUAAAUCCAUAAAGUGUUUGUCAUGCAGAUAAUGGAUUAUAAUAAUGAUAUUUAUCAACAAUUUUUUCACACAAUACAAAUUUUUGCACUAGUCAACAAGGCUCACCUUAAGCAGUGGGUAGACCUCGCCCAACAAAAAUUAUCAAGGAGCGAACAAAAUACAAAUAUAUAUAAUAUAUAUAUUAGCCUUGAGUACAAACGCCUAUUAACACCUAUAGAGGUUUUUAAACUAUGGCUGGUGUCGAUAGCCAUUCUUAUGGUUAUGUAAGAGUUGGACAAAAAGUGAGUAUUGGGGCAUUUGAUGGGUUUGCUCGAUAUGUUGGUCCGAUUCCUGGAACAGAUUCCAUAUGGGUGGGAGUUGAAUGGGACGAUUCAAACAGAGGUAAACAUGAUGGAAUUCAUAAUGGUAUCAGAUAUUUUAAAACAAUUCAUCCUAAUGGGGCAUCAUUUGUACAUUUAGAAAAAGUAAUACCUCACAAUGUUAGUUUUCUUAAUGCUUUUCAAAGUAAAUAUGGCCAAAAUUGUGGCAAUAAUAUUCAACAGGAAAUAAAUGCAUUGAUGAAACAGUCUAAAAUGGCAUCUUUUGAGCUUGUUGGAAUGCAAAAAAUUCAGAAAACACAAGCAUGUUUCGAUAAGUUAACUCAUGUAUGUCUAAGUCAUCAUGGUAUAACAGAUGCGGGCAAUCCCAAUGAAAUACAAGAUUGCUGUCCAAAUAUUGUGAAUUUAGAACUUUGUAAUAAUUGUUUUACUGAUUGGGAAACAGUAUCAGAAAUAGCUCAACAGUUAAAACAUUUAACAACUUUGAAUUUAAGCUUUAAUAAUAUAGAUUUACCACAAGAACCAAAUCAACUAUUAAAGGAAUCGUUUAAAUGCUUGAAGAAAAUUGUUUUAGGUAAACUCAAUUAUAGCUGGCAUGAAAUCAUGACUUUAUGUGAAGCAUUUCCAGUACUUGAAGUACUAGAGGUCCCAGAUAACAAUAUAGAUCGACUCGAAUCACAUUCAGAAGUCAUGGAGAAUCUUUUGUACUUAAACCUGGAAAAUAAUAAUUUAUCAUGGCCAGAAAUCAAUAAAUUGCGAUCUUUACCAAAAUUACAAACUUUAAAUGUUAAUCGAAAUGGAAUAAAAGACAUUCAAAUUGUACCUUCAUCGUUUCCUUCCCUUAAAUUUCUGAUGAUCAGUGAUAACAACUUAUUACAUUUAGAAUCAUUGUGUGAGCUUAAUAAAUUGCCGGCAUUAAGUUCUUUAAGAAUUCAAAAUAAUCCUCUACUUAAGGGAAUGAGUGUUAGCAAUUACACUUUACAAAUUAUAGCAAGAAUUGCCAAUUUAAAGACGUUAAAUGGAACUAUGAUUACUCUUAAAGAACGACAAAAUAAUGAAAGAGAUUUUUUAAAGGAUUUGGACAUGAUAUGGCAUAGACAGUUAAAAAGUCCAGAAGAAAGAGCUGAAUUUUUGACUAAACACCCCCGAUAUAUGGAACUCAUUGCUAAAUAUGGUUCUGAUUACUCGGAAGACCUGAAUACGUCAAACAAAAUAAAAACAAUAAAAAUCAGAAUCGUGAACUUUUGCAAUGAAACAAAUACAGAAAAGGAUGUAAUAAUAAAAACACUUCCAAUUACUAUGACACUUAAUCGUUUAAAAGAUCUCGGAAAACGUUUAUUUGGUCUAGGCAACAAACAACUUGAAUUUUCAUAUGUAACAAAAGAGAAACCAGAUAUUGAAUAUACCAUGGAAAACAUGAAUCAAACAUUAGAUUAUUAUUCUGUUGAAGAUGGAAACACAGUAUUAAUUAAAUGGUAAAAAUAAUACUGCAACCUUAAUUUAUAAUUGUUAAUCUAUUAAUUGUGUUUUUAUAUUUUUAU